CUUUCUAUUCUCCACAAGUAUUACCAGUCAGGAGAUUUCAUCAUUGCUGGUAUUAUGUCUCAGAUAUACAGAUUUUCCAGCUCAAUAACUUUCAGAGAAUGUCCCUCUAAUGACCUCUUUGAUGACACUUUGGUUAUGAUUCAGCUCUACCAACAUAUCAUGGCUUUGGCAUUUGCAGUAAAGGAGAUCAAUGAAAAUCCUCAGAUUUUACCUAAUGGCACCCUGGGCUUCCAUAUUUAUAACAGCUAUUUCACUCCAAGAUGGACCUAUCAGGCCUCACUGGAACUCUUCUCUACACAGGGCAGAUUCAUCCCUAACUACAAAUGUGAUAGUGUCAUCCAUUCAGUAGCUGUCAUAGGAGGGCCUAUCUCUGAAGUCUGUCUCCACAUGGCAACAAUCCUGGGCAUGUACAAGGUUCCACAGUUCAUAUAUGGCUCUGCUCCAGUGAUAAAUAAGAAUAUCCAGGCUGUCCCCUACCAGCAGAUGUUCCCAGAUGUGGACCAUCAGUAUAAAGGGAUUCUCCAGUUACUGCUGCAUUUCAGGUGGACUUGGAUUGGAGUGAUAUAUGGGCAUGAUGUCAAUGGAGAGAGAUUUGUACGGAAUAUAGUCCCCAAAUUUGACCAGAGUGGUAUUUGCUUUGAUUUCAUAGAAAGUUUCCCAAUAAUGACUCACUCCAAUGACAUUGCUGACACGGUGGAAAAGGGUAUGGAAACGCACAAUGUUGUCAUGAGAAGUACUGCGAAUGUUGUGAUUGUUCAUUGUGAAAUCGAUACCGUGAUCACUUUGAGGAUGCUUUGCAAAUUUUCACAAUAUGAGGAUAUACCAAUAAAGGAAAAAGGAAAAGUCUGGAUUAUGACAUCUCAGAUGGAUUUCACAUCAGUUCCCUUGCAACGGAGUUGGGACAUAGACUUAUUCCAUGGUGCUAUAUUCUUUGCUAUUCACUCAAAGGAGGUGUUAGGAUUUCAGAAAUUCCUUCAGAUGAGGAACCCUACUUCAGACAAAGAAUAUGACUUUCUCAAGGCAUUCUGGGAAGUAGCAUUUGCAUGUUCUUUCCAAAAUUCCAUAGUAAACAAUCAAGAUGGGAAAAUGUGCACUGGGGAGGAGAAGCUGGAGACUCUUCCUGCAUCUGUUCUUGAAAUGAGCAUGACUGGCCACAGCUACAGUGUCUACAAUGCAGUCUAUGCUGUGGCACAUGCUUUGCAACCCAUGCAUUCAUCUAGAUUAAAACACACAGAAAUAAUGGGUGAAAGAACAAUGAAGCUUCUGAAUCAAGAGCUGUGGAAGCUGAACCACUUUGUGAGAAGCAUCUCAUUUAAUAAUAGUGCUGGGGAAAAUGUUUGUUUCAAUGAAAAUGGAGAACUGCAGACUGAAUUUGAUAUUCUAAACUGGAUCACUUUCCCAAACCAGUCUUUUCGUAGAGUCAAAGUUGGGAAGAUCAACCCGAUGGCUUCCCAAGAAGAAUGGUUCACUAUUUGUGAGGAAGCCAUUGUGUGGCCCAGACAGUUUAACCAGGUACAGCCCUUUUCUCUUUGUAAUGCCAACUGCCUUUUGGGUUAUCAUAAGGCAAAGAAGGAAGGGAAGCCAUUUUGCUGCUAUGAUUGUCUCCCAUGUCCAGAAGGAAAGGUUUCCAACCAGACUGAUAUGGAUGAUUGCUUUCAGUGCCCACAAAGUCAUUACCCAAACAUGGGCCAGGAUUCAUGUAUUCCUAAGGAUGUAAGUUUCUUGUCUUAUGGAGAACCUUUGGGAAUCGCUUUGUCCAGUUCUGCUCUUUCGUUUUCUUUCAUCACAGCUUUGAUGUUUUGGAUCUUCAUUAAGCAUCGGGACACUCCCAUAGUCAAAGCCAACAACCGGAACCUCACCUACAUUCUCCUCAUCUCCCUCUUGCUCUCCUUCCUUUGUGCUUUGCUAUUCAUUGGCCAGCCUGGAAAAGUGACAUGUCUCCUUCGACAAACUGCUUUUGGCACCAUCUUUUCAGUGGCAGUUUCUUGUGUGUUGACAAAGACAAUAAUCGUGGUUUUAGCUUUUAUGGUCACCAACCCAGGGACCAGAAUGAGGAAAUGGGUGGGAAAUGGACAGGCUGCCUCCAUUGUUCUUUCCUGCUUCCUUACUCAAACAACCCUUUCUAGUGUAUGGCUGGCAACUUCUCCACCAUUCCCAGAUUUUGACAUGCACUCAGUGAAUAAAGAAAUUGUCCUGGAAUGCAAUGAAGGGUCUAUCACUAUGUUCUACUGUGUCUUAGGCUACUUGGGCUUGCUAGCCAUUGUUAGCUUCACUGUGGCCUUCCUAGCCAGGAAGUUACCAGACAGUUUUAAUGAAGCCAAGUUUAUCACUUUCAGCAUGUUGGUGUUUUGCAGUGUUUGGCUGUCCUUUGUUCCAACCUACCUGAGCACAAAAGGUAAAUACAUGGUGGCUGUGGAGAUCUUCUCCAUCUUGGCCUCCAAUGUUGGUCUAUUGAGUUGCAUAUUUUUCCCAAAAUGUUUUAUAAUUGUAGUGAAGCCUGAACUGAACAAGAGGGAACAGCUGAGAAGAAGAAAAAAUGGAAUAAAUUGA